UGUUGUUCCCGCAAGUGCGGUUCAUUAUUUUCUUGUUCUAAGCUUUCAGUGAAAAGGGUAUUCUUAUAAGGUUUUCUAGCUUUCUGGGAUUUUUUUUCACUUGGAUAUGCAUGCAAGAGGUUGCUUUUGAAGAGGGGAAAGGAAAGCAAAACCCUGUUCAGUUCAGGAGAGACAAUCUAGAGGCUUUGUGUUUUCUGGGUUUCUGGGAUGUAUCUUUCAAAGGGUUGUAGGUGUGAAGUUGUUCUCUGUUUGUGGUUUUGCUGCUAUUUCCUAUUGGCUGCUAGUCAGGUCACUGACCCCACAGAAGUUGAGGCACUGAGAACCAUAAAGAGAAGUUUGAUUGAUAUUAAUGGAAAUUUGAGCAACUGGGAUCGUGGAGAUCCAUGUACAUCCAACUGGACAGGGGUUAUGUGCUCCAACACAACAUUAGCCGAUGGCAAUCUACAUGUUCUACAAUUGCAACUGCUGAAUUUGAACCUGUCUGGAACUUUGGCACCAGAGAUCGGCAACUUGUCUUAUUUGGAAAUAGUGGACUUUAUGUGGAAUGACAUAACUGGGAGUAUACCGAAGGAGAUUGGCAAUAUCAAAACUUUGAAACUCUUACUACUGAGUGGAAAUAAACUAACAGAUGAUCUGCCUGAAGAGCUUGGCCAUCUUCCAGUGCUGGAGAGAAUGCAAAUUGAUGAGAACAAUAUUACAGGACCUAUACCACUAUCAUUUGCAAACCUGAACAGCACACAACACUUCCACAUGAACAACAAUUCACUUAGUGGACAAAUCCCAGCACAGCUUUCAAAAUUAGGAAGCCUUAUUCACCUUCUUCUUGACAACAAUAACUUGACAGGAAAUCUCCCAUCCGAGCUCUCUGAGAUGCCAAGCUUAAUGAUACUUCAACUCGAUAACAAUAACUUCGAUGGAAGUAGCAUACCAGAAUCUUAUGCCAACAUGCCAAAAUUGUUGAAAUUAAGCCUUAGGAACUGCAACUUGACAGGACCAGUUCCUGAUUUCAGCAGGAUACCACACCUUGCUUACCUUGACCUCAGUUUCAAUCUGUUGAAUGAGUCAAUUCCAACCAAUAAGCUAUCAGACAAUAUGACAACUAUUGACUUAUCAAACAACAAGCUCAAUGGAACAAUUCCAUCCUACUUUUCUGGUCUUCCACGUCUUCAGAAAUUGUCAAUUGCCAACAAUGCAAUCAGUGGCACUGUUCCUUCUACCAUUUGGCAGAACAGGACUUUGAAUGCAACAGAGCAACUUAUCUUGAACAUGCAGCAUAAUCAACUUACAAGCAUAUCAGGCACUACAAAUCUUCCUUCAAAUGUCACACAAUAUAUUGACAAUACAAGUUCUCGUCAGUUCAGUACAAAUGAGGUUGUUCGAAUUAGAGACAUGUUCAGAGAAUGGGAUAUUCAGGAUAGUGACCUGUUUGGUCCUUAUGAACUCUUGGACUUCGUUCUACUGGAUAUUUACAAGGAAGCGAUUACUCCCUCUUCAAGUUCAGGGAUAAGCAAAGGUGCACUGGUUGGAAUAAUCUUAGGUGCAAUUGCCUGUGCAGUUACAUUAUCUGCAAUUGUUUCCAUUCUUAUUUUGAGAGUACGCAUGAGAGAUUAUCGUGCACUUUCCAGACGGCGUAACGCAUCUAGGAUAUCGAUGAGAGUUGAAGGUGUAAGAUCAUUUGAUUACAAAGAAAUGGCCUUGGCCACAAACAAUUUUAACCAGUCUGCUCAAAUUGGAGAAGGAGGCUAUGGGAAGGUUUAUAAAGGACGUCUUCCUGAUGGCACAGUUGUUGCCAUAAAACGUGCACAGGAGGGUUCACUACAAGGUGAGAGGGAGUUCUUCACAGAAAUAGAAUUGCUGUCAAGGCUACACCAUCGCAACCUUGUGUCUCUCAUUGGAUACUGUGACGAAGAGGGUGAACAGAUGUUGGUUUAUGAAUAUAUGCCAAAUGGAACUCUAAGGGAUCACCUUUCUGCUCAUUCAAAAGAUGUUCUUAGCUUUUCUCUGAGGUUAAAGAUUGCUCUAGGAUCAGCAAAAGGUCUUCUAUAUCUGCACACAGAAGCUAAUCCUCCUAUAUUCCACCGAGACGUGAAGGCCAGCAAUAUACUGUUGGACUCUAGGUACACAGCAAAAGUUGCUGAUUUUGGACUUUCACGUCUUGCUCCAGUUCCAGAUAUUGAAGGAAACGUACCUGGUUAUGUAUCCACAGUAGUAAAGGGGACCCCGGGUUAUCUUGAUCCAGAGUACUUCUUAACUCGUAAUUUGACCGAUAAAAGUGAUGUUUAUAGUUUGGGUGUUGUAUUUCUGGAACUUUUGACUGCGAGGCCACCAAUCUUUCAUGGUGAAAAUAUUAUUAGACAGGUUAAUAUGACAUACCAAUCUGGUGGAAUAUCUCGAGUGGUUGAUAAACGUAUUGAGUCUUACCCAUCUGAGUAUGCAGAGAGAUUUUUGACUUUAGCCUUAAAGUGUUGCAAAGAUUCACCAGAUGAGAGACCUAAAAUGGCAGAAGUGGCUAGAGAGCUUGAAUACAUCUGUUCUAUGUUAUCUGAUUCAGAUAACAAAGGAGCUGAAUAUGUUACAAGUGAUUCUUCUGGUACAAUAUUCAGUUCACAAGCAUCAUCAUCUAUUAUAAAGACUCCUUUUAUUUCAGGAGAUGUUUCAGGUAGUGACCUUGUCAGUGGAAGCAUACCAACCAUCAAACCAAGAUAGAAGUUGAAAAAUGUACCUUGUGAACUGGACAAUGAAACCAAUUUACUAAUUUUCAUUUAUUCUUUUUGUGCUGCUCGUUGUAUGAUAGAUUGACAGAGGAUUGGCUUGUAAGUUAUAAUGAAUUAAUUUUAUAACAGUGAUAGAGAUUGGUUUAUGAUGCUGCAUUGCACGUACUUUUGAAGUACUAAUCACAUGUAUUUUAGUCAAUCAGGAUUUCAAGUUCUUGACUUCCAUGGUUCUUACAUAAAAAUUGAAGUAAAUA